AUGGAUAUCACUUUCUCGCCCAGAAGCAUCGACGCCAGCUCUCGGAUAUCAGAUCUUGGGAAACGCCCGAGGAGGUUCCUGUGGAGUCAACAGCCAAGCAUAAAAGAUUCAGAAUCAUGCGGGAAUCCUUCACAUUCCUAUGGCCUUCACAUCCCUAUGGCUAAACGAGGCCUGACCACCUGGCCAGUCCUCGGGGGCGGAGACGAGCCGGUCAGACUGCUCUCCCUCCAGCACAACCUCCUGACCCGAGUUGACCCUCCAGCUGCCUCGCCCUCGAUGGUCCUCCUCGACCUCUACCACAACCACCUGCACAACCUCCACGGCCUCCACGCCUUUCCGAAUCUCAGGGUGCUCAUGUUGGCGAAAAAUAGGCUGUCUCGACUCGACGGUUUAGAACACUUGACGAAGCUCGAGGUUCUGGACCUGCACGGGAACCAGCUGCACCAUGUCCAGGGAUUGGCCCAUCUGAAGAUAUGGAAUUCCCUAGUUGGCAACGUACGCAAGCAGAGUACAUACACGCCCUUCCCGCCUGGAUGCUCCUGCUUGCUCCUGCUUACCCAUUGGUACGAGGACAUAGCGUGCCUUCAGAACUGCCUGAAGCUGCGGGAGUUGUCUCUGGAGGAGAACCCGAUAAGCAGGCAGGCGCACUACUUCCAUCACACCGUAGCGAGGUUCUACAGACUGAAGAGCAGCUGCAAUAUACUGCUAUUUAUGAAAUAUAUAAUAAUGCCAUUUCGUCGACAAGUCCGUUCGGCCAAAGGCUUGUUGGCGAUAGAGCUGUUCGGCCAAAAUUCCGCCCACACCCUGGUCUUCCCUCACGGUCUCCCCAACAACGCCCGCAGACUCGACGACCAAGAACUGACCAUGGAGACGCGUCGGCAGUCGGAGAAGCAGCUGCAGAAGGCGCGGGAGAAGGAGAGGGCGCAGGCCACGAGGAUCAGCGACGAGGAGAAGAGGAACUCUGCGAUCAACAACGCCAUGAAGCACUGGCGAGUCGUCAAGAAGGAUCAUAAGAAGCUCGUGAGGAAACCCAGCGAGAGUUCGUGUAGCACCAGCGACCACCCUCUGUCCAAGGCCAGCGACGCCACCGAGCACUCCAGCGGCUUCUGCGGCGACACCGUCUCGGACGUCGGGGAGGACGAGGCCAGGGAGGAGGAGCUGGAGGUCACCGUCACGAGCGGCCGCGCCGGCGAGAGGGAGGGCGACGGCGAGAAGGAGGAGAGGGCGAAGGGUGACGCCCACGAGGACGACCGCUCGUCCCUCAUCUCCUCGGGGACGUCCAGCGGCAUUUCCGACAUCAGUCUGGUCCAGCGCCCGCCCGACCGCAGGCUCAGUCACUCGGAGGUGCCCUUCGUGCACGAGAGCGCGCCCCUGAGCGCCACCAAGAAGGCGAGCCCUGGCAGGACGGACACGGCCGGCGACGCAGCGGGGAAGGGCAGUCUGCCCCGCAGCAAGUCCUACACCGACAUGCGAGUCCUCCGCAGAAAGAACUCGAGCGACGGCGGCCGCCGCCACCGGCCCAAGUCCGUGCGGGGUCCGGACUCGAGAGGCAGCGAGAGCGACGGGGCCGCGGGCGGCGCGGCCGACGGGGGCGCGGCGGCGAAGAGCAGCGAGAUGAUCAACCUGGACAUGGCCUCGCGGGGCGGCGGCGCCCGUGAAGAGCGUGCCGGUCGUGCGGCGCCCCGCGAGGCUGGGCAGCGCGCGCUCGGGCGUGGGCGGCGAGAAGGGGCGGCCGCGAAUCAUGGCCAACGAGGGCGGCGCCAAGCGGGCGAGCGCCAAGACGACGGAGGCGAUCAAGAAGCCGGAGACGCUGAAGAGCGCGAGCCACCUGCCCGACAAGGUGGUGACGGCGGCCAUCACGCGCGUGCGCUCCAACCUCAGUCUUCCGACGCAGGGCCCCGAGGCGCCGCUGUCCCCGCGCAGCGCCGUCUCCGACCCUCCGAGAUCGACUCGAGCUCCGACGCCGAGUCCGCCGCCACCAACACCACCACCACCACCGCCGCCACGCCCACCAGCUCGCUAGAGAUCGGCAGCGCGCCCGCCCGCGGCCAGCCCAACCUGGCCGACCUUCGCGUGCCGCUGGCGAGGCCCAAGGAGGCGGAGCGCACGUCCUUCGCCGACCGCGGGGACAGGGCCCUGGCGAGCGUGGCCCCGAGCGCGGCCGGCAUCCUCCGCGAGCAGGGCCCCAACUUCCUGGCGGAGCUGGAGGGCGACUGCCUCAGCCUGUACGGCCAGGGCGCCCUGCGCUGCACCGACAUCGCCUGGGAGAAGGCCCUGGCCACCGCCGCCACGACGGCGCGCUUCCAGUACAUGAACUUCGAUGACAUCGUCGACAUCUUCCCAAAACUGCGCGUGAAGUUCGCCCGCCUCGAGAACUUCGUGUUCGUGGAAACCCACCUGGCCAAGUGCAGCCAGCUGAACGCGCUGGCGGAGCUCCAUCAGGUGACGUCCCUCGACGUGGGAAGUGAGGGGAAUCCCCUGUCGCAGAUUUCCUACUGGAGGCUGUACGCAGUCUUCAGGCUCUCCCACUGGGGUCUCCGGGUCAUCAACGGGGUCGAGCACUCCUCAUCUUUAGUCCAAUUAGCAGUCCUCUUGGGCUUGGGGGUCAAAGUCAGGCCGCCUCUUUUAAGAAUCUUCAGAGAAGACUCGGAGGUGUUCGUGCUGGAUCCUCUCCCGGCGGCCAUAACGUGUGUCGUGUUUGGCGUGUGUUUACGAUCUCGUAUUUCUCGAUUCGAAGACCCGUCAGUCAAGGCUAGAAGAGAUUGA